AUGGGCCCCUUCAUCUUUCGGACAUGCGCUGAUCCAUUACCCAGAUCCGCCCUUUACGGAAACGAGCGCUUCAAGCCCUAUUCAGUCGUCCGAACUCCAGAAGACGCCGCCGCCAGUUCCAAACAACCAUUCGACUAUGUCCUGCUCUGCGUCAAGGCCCUGCCCGAUGUGUACGAUAUCGCCAACAUCAUCGAAUCCGUCGUAACCCCUCAGCACACAUGUGUGCUUGUCAACACUACACACAGCCUCGGCGUCGAAUCAUACCUUGAACAACGGUUUCCGACAAAUGUGGUCUUGUCGUUGGUGUCCGGUGCCGACAUUGCGCAGCUCGCAGCGAGCGAAUUUGAGCACAAGGCCGCUGCCGACAUCUGGGUCGGUACGGUCAACUCAAAUCCGUCCAUACCUGCACAGAUCAUGACAGAUAUGGCGGAAGCGCUUGCCAUGACGCUCAGCACUGGGCAAGUCGAGUGCAAAGUGUCCCCCAACAUACGACAACAGCAAUUUGAGCGCAUGAUUGGACCCGUUGCCUUUCAUCCUGCCAGCGUACUCUUCGAGAUCCCAAAUCACGCCGAAUUGAUCGAGAAGGUGGGUGUACGGGAGAUGAUAACAGGUACCAUUGAUGAGCUGUUAUCAGUGGCCACGGCCUUGGGCUGCAAGUUCCCCGCAGAUUUCCGCGAGGCAACCAUACAACAAAUGAUCCAGCCGCAGUCGGAUGCCAGCAUAAUGUACCAGGACUUUCAGAGGAGGGCGCCAAUGGAGGUCGAGACGUUCCUUGGGGCACCAUUGAGACUCGCAAAGGAGACGAAUGUCCAUGUUCCUCGCAUAGAGAUGCUAUACGCAUUGCUCCACCACAAGAACAUUGUCAAUCGUUCCCGGCCACCCCCUACAGCAACGCCCAACCCACCCAAUGGCGCCAAUCCCGGACCACCGCCUCGAAUGUCUUCUGCACCUACACCGCGUUCCGGAGGUCCACCUAUGCUGAAUGGUAAUGGUCCUAUGAAGGGCCCUCCUCGUCCUGGUAGCCGAGCCCCUUCGAUCAACGGAGUUCCUCCUCCCAUGGCUCGUCGCGGUCCUCCUCCACCGAACGGCUACCCACCCCGGCAGAUGAAUGGCAAUGGCUACCCCCCGCCGGGACCCAAUGGCCAGCGGAGAGGAUCAGAUGACGAGAAUAAUCUGGAGGAGUUCAGUCACCUAAUGCUCUACGACAGCAUGGCAGAUGACGGAGUUGCUAACGGAGGCUAUGACGCAAACGAGUCGGCUCAGAGUCUAUCCCUUCGUGAGCGGGAGUUGAUGCUUCGGCAGAAGGAGCUUGCUCUUAGGGAACAAGAGCUCAACAUGCGCCGAGGACCACGACGCCCUCCGCCACCAGCGUCCCACAUGGCUGGUUUCGAUGAGGACGAGGACGAGGACGAUUAUUUCGACCCAAUGUCUGCGAGGCCUCCCCCUCCUCUGAUCGACCCGGACAACUUCGACAUGAUGAGCGUCACAUCCAAGCGCAACCGUAGGGUUCCGAGCGCCACCCAGAUCCGCAAGAAUCCCGAGACCGCGGGUUACGGCGGCUCUGGGCGCUCGAGGAACCUUUUUUCACGGGUUGGAAUGAAUAAGAACCGCGCCAGCGCAAGGUUGAUGGCAGAUGUACCCGGACUUCACGAUUCGAUCAUGGAUAACGCUCUAUUAGGCUACUCGUCAAAUCGAUAUGGCAGUGUCGAUCGAGGCGAAUUGGGACAGCAGUCCAGAGCCAAUUCGCUAACUGCAGCGCGCAUGGAUGACUUCUCUGGCGGCGCCAGCUACGGGGCGUAUCCUCCCAUGAGCCGUAGGACGAGCCAGUCACCCGGAAACCCCCUCAGUCCAGGCCCGAGACCCUCGGGUCGGCCGUCACCGCCCAAUGGCUAUUUUCCCAAUGGCAUGCCGCCGAACAGUGCCAGGCCGUCGCCGCCGGGGAUGCAGCAGCCGGUGCCACGGCAUCCGCCCGGCCACGGCAACGCGGUGGCGCCACAACAAGUUGAGCAACACGCUGGGGUGAGCAAUCUCUACCCGCCCAAGUCUCGUCCGCAAGUACGCAGUCUGACUGGAAGUGCGAGUGCUAGCGCGGAGAGUGGCAGUAGCGGAGCAAGUGCUCAGCUCGAUUCAGAGCCCUCUGCACACAGCAGCCAGGCCAGUCUUCCGGUAGCACAGCGCCCUCCGCUCGGCGUCCGGUAA